AUGAACAGGCCACCACAAGGUCGCGGUCAGCCACGGCUGGGUGCAACAUGGUAUCCAGGGGGCCAAGAUGAUUUUUACAUGCCAGAAGUCAUAUCCCCCUCUCCUCAAAGGGUCAUGCCUGAAGUUCCAGAAAAUAUGCAGGACAAUAUUGCCCACCUUGAACAUGAGGCCCGAAACCCUCACCGCAGUCACCAUGCUCCCAUUCAAUAUGAUCGUUCACGUUUCCCUGAGCGAACUUCUUCUACCGCUGUCGUUCAAGGACAGCCCCUUCAUUCUGGUCACGAAGCUGCUCAUUACGAACAGUCUGCUGUCUACGACACGACGGAUUCGCCAAACUUCUCGCCGUUUCCAGUCCUUCGCAACCCUCCACCAAACGUGCCUCCUACCGAUGAGCAGAAAGAAGCUAGUUUGGAGAAGGCCAGAAUGCCGGUGCUGUCUUCAAACGAUCCAGAAAUGCAAUUGGCAUGGGCUCAAGAUGCCCUAGCCUAUGUCGAGGCCGCCACACAGAAUGAAGCUCGUCUAUCUUUGAUUCAACCCCCGCGGCCACAAACACCCCAAGUGGAGCGGCAGCUAAAAGUCGAUGCGAUGAAUAUUGUGAACUUUCUGGCAGAACAGUAUCACCCCAAAGCCGAAUUUAUUAAGGGCAUGUGGCUAGAAUUUGGCAAGUUUGGAUAUCGCAUAGAUAAGAAGGAGGCAUUCCGAGCCUACUCAAGAGCAGCAGAAAAAGGGUACGCUAGAGCCGAAUACCGUAUUGGGAUGCAAUUUGAAAGUUCAGGGGAGCCGGAAAAAGCCAUCCGACACUAUGAGAAGGGCGUCGCCCUUGCAGACUCUGCAUCCUUCUAUCGCCUAGGAAUGAUGAUUCUUCUUGGACAGCAUGGACAGCGCCAGGAUUACCAAACCGGGCUUGACUACAUUAAUCUUGCUGCUCAAUCCUGUGAUGAGAAUGCACCUCAGGGUGCCUAUGUCUACGGCAUGCUCUUAGCGCGAGAAUUGCCUCAAGUGAACGUCCCAGAGAAUUAUUUACCUCUUGACCUAAAUGCUGCUCGUGUCAAUAUCGAGAAAGCUGCGUAUCAUGGAUUUGCUAAGGCGCAAGUUAAGAUGGGCGCCGCCUAUGAACUUUGUCAGCUUGGCUGCGAUUUCAACCCAGCAUUGUCCUUACAUUAUAAUGCGCUAGCUGCCCGCCAAGGGGAACCAGAAGCUGAAAUGGCUAUCAGUAAAUGGUUCCUUUGUGGACACGAAGGAGUCUUCGAGAAAAACGACGAGUUGGCUUUUAAAUAUGCUCAGCGUGCGGCCCAAAGUGGUUUCCCAACUGCCGAGUUUGCCUUGGGCUAUUUUUACGAGGUCGGAAUUUGCGUUCAAGUAGACAUCAAAGAAGCAAGAACCUGGUACGCUAAAGCUGCAGCAAAUGGCAACAAAGAUGCAACCAGUCGAAUCGACAGUAUCUCACGCUCCAAAACACUAUCACGGAAAGACCACGAACAAGUUGCAAUCGCUAGAAUCAAGUCCCGCUACGGGUCCCACCAGCGAGGCGAUUCAAUAAAAGCAGCCCCCGAAAACAUCGAGAUGCCUGAUCCUUCUAGAAUGAGCCUUGCGGAUAAUAAUCCGCCACCUACUGCUCCAUACCCCGACCGACCGCCAUCUCGUGCCAGGCCUGUAUAUCCGCCUGGCUAUUCAAUGCCAGAUCCACGGCCGAGUUCUGCCUUUGGCAUUAACCCUAACAUUCACCCCAAUGCGCCCAAUUACAACCGUGCCGCAUCAUAUGGACCAGGGCCCAUGGGCUACCGCUCUCCCGCUCCUGGGACGUCCAGCGCUGGGCCUGCAAGUCCUGUGUCGGCCGCCCCUAAGCUGGAUAUUGGAUACUCGGCACCGCUUGAAUCACCCAGUGCUGAUCCCCGCAGGCGCCCUCAGCGUCUCGACAAUGUGCCGGAUCGGAGACCUGUGAAAACUCCCGUCUCUCCCCCUCAAGGUGGUCCAGUAAACUCGCCACGACCAACUGCGUCCUCUCCUUCGGCAAACUUUCCACCGCGUACAGAAUCCAUGCAGGCACCCAGUGCACCUUCGACUCCGAAACCCCCAGCAUCCUCAUCGAGCUCGACGAGCCAAAAGCCCGCACCACAGCCAUCGAAACCCCAGGGUGGCUUACCAGGCAAAGGUCCUAAGACUUUCGAGGAGAUGGGAGUCCCGACUGCCCAAAAAGACAGUGAUUGUAUUGUCAUGUGA